AUGGAAAUCAUAAAAAAUGAAGUCUUAAGAUAUAAAAGAAAGAACACAUUUCUAAUAAUAUUACAUUUCAGAAAAUGUAUGAGUACAAGAAUUGUAGAUGGUAAGAAAUAUGUAAUACAAGAAAAUAAAAUGAGUUCCAUAAUGGAUACAAUAAAUGAUAAUAGAAUUAAAUUCAAAAUUAAAAAUGAUUCCUAUUUCAAAGAGGGGAAUAGUAAUAUUAUUAAAAGUAAUAAUAAAAUGGGAGAAUAUAAAUAUGGUAAUAUUAGUUUUCUUUUGAAAAAUGCUGAGUAUAAUGCAUAUAAGGAUAAAAACACAUUAAACGAUGUAAUAGAAACUAUUUUUCAAAAUACAAUGAUUGUAAAUAAUAUGAAUUUUGUUAAUUUUAAUAUGUUACUUACAUUUGUUAAUAAAUAUGCUUUAAAAAUAAAAAAUAAAAAAAUAUUACAUGAUAUUAUAUUCUUAUUACAUAAAUAUAUAGACAUAACAAAAGAUGUUAUUAAUAAUAACAAUUCAUCAUGGGUAAAUAUAAUAAAUGCUGUUGCAGGUAUUUGUAAGAAUAACAGUUAUUUGUUAUAUUUAAUUCGUAAUAAUAAUAAUAAUAAGGAAAAUGUGUAUGAUAUUACAAAUGAUGUUAUGCAUGAUAAUACGAAUAAGUGUAAGAAUAAUAUUUUAAAUAUACAUAAAAAUGAAAAUAUAAAUAAUACCCAUUCCUUUAUUCACAAAUUUAUACAUAGAAUAAUGAGUACAAAAAAUUAUAUAUAUUCCAUAAGAGAAAUUUCUUUAUUGUUUCAUGCAUGCACAAAAUUGAAUAUUAAAAAUGAUCAACUAUUCUCUUAUUUUUACGAAUUAAUGCUUGAUAAAGAUUUUAACAAAUUAAAUUGUUUAGAUAUACAUCUGUUUCUUCAUUCUAUUUAUAAACUACAACUAAAUUGUUCUAAUAUGUUUGUUCAAAAAAUAAAAGAACAGAUUUUAAAAAAUUUAGACGACUUUUCAUGUGGGCAGCUAGUAAAUAUAUUAUUGUCUUAUUCUUAUUUUUUUAAAAAACAGCCAGAAGGAAACAAAAAAUCCAAUACCAAUCAAAAAAAAAAUGAAAAAGACAUCCACAAAAACGAUAAUAAAAACGACAACAUCAACAAUAAUAAUAUUAUUAAUAAUAAUAAUAAUAAUUAUGAUUACAUGAUAGAUAACAAACCAAUGCUUUAUUUUUUUAAAGGAAACACCAUUCAGUCCGAUGAUAUAUUAUUACAUAAUAUAUUCAAUAAAUGCUUAUUAAAUUUGAAUUCAUUUCCUAAUAGAGAGUUUUGUAACUUUCUUAAUUUUAUUAUUCAAAACAAAAUAAAUAUAAACGAAAAACAAAAGAACAUUAUUUUGAAAAAUAUAAUAAGGUUAUUACAAAACAAACACAACAUGCUGAAAUUACAACUUAUGAUAGACUUAGACAUAUUUACAAUUAUAAAUUUCAUUUUUAAAUAUAAUAAUGAUAAGGAUUCUAUAAAUGUAUUAAAUCAUUUUUCCUAUAUCAAUUUGGAACAUCAUAUAAUUAAUUUAAUAAAAAAAAAUAAAUUUAAACAAGAUCUUUUAAUAUAUAUAUUACAUUUUUAUAAAAAUAAAAAUAUAAACUUUUGUGCUCAAAAUACUACACAUGCUAAUCAAAAUGAUAUUUUAUUUUUUCUUCAAAAUAUUACUAUAAAUAAAUUAGACAUAAAAAUGAAAAUUAUCUUGUUAACAUCUAUAGAAUGGCAUAAUAAUUUAACACAAACAAUUAAAAAUACAGAAAAAUAUAAAGAUAAAAAAAUAAGUCAAUAUAACGAUUAUUAUUAUAAAUUAUUGAAAAGUUUAUAUGAUGAUAUAUAUAAUAUUUUAUCAAAGAAUCAUAUGAUGCGUGAAAUAAGAUCAAUGGAUAAUAGCUAUGAAGAAUUAAAUAUAUGUGAAAAAAAAAAAGUUGAUAGAGUAACAUUUAGUUACCUUGAUAUGAAAGAACUAUUAAAAUUACUAAAAAUAAAAAAUGAUAAUAAUGAGGACAAUAAUAAAAAGGAUAAAAUUUAUGUUAAUAAAUAUAAUGAUUAUUCAAUGGGUUCUUAUAACCAGAAAUCUUAUAAUAAUGAACUUAUUUAUUAUAAUGAUAUAAAGAAAGUAGAAAAUAAUCUUUUUCAUAUAUUACAAGAAUACAUAAUAGAUAAGGAAAUCAUCGAAUUAUUUUAUAUCAUCAUAAUGAAUAAAAAUGUGUAUCCUCACUUUAUAAAAAAAUCUGAAAUUAUUAUGAAUAAUUAUUUUGAAACAUUAAAUAAGGAUAUUAUACAAAAUGGUCAUAAUAAUAAUGAUAAUAUAAGAAUGGAGAAAAAGUUAUCACACAAUUUUAUCCAUACAUUAAAUUUGUGUAAUGAAAAUAUGUUCUUAAAAAGGAAUAAUAUAUCCAACUUUUUAUAUAAUAAAAAUAUACUAUUAAAAUGGUUGAAUAAUUUUAUGAUAUAUUAUUUAGAGAAUACAAAAGAUAACGUGUCUUUAUUUUUUAAUUUAUAUGUACAUAUGCUUUUAUUUGAUAUAAAUAAUAAUAUAAAUAAUUUCUUAAAUAAUUUAUUUGAAAAAAUAUGUAAUUUGUUGAAAAAUCCUAAUUUGCAAUUUCAGAAUAAUUUAAUAAAUAUCAUCGAUAUAUAUUCUUCUAUAAUUAAAUUGGAUAAGUAUGAAUAUGAUAUAUAUAUAAAAAAUAUUUACAAUUAUACAUUUUUAAAUAUUUUUCAAAAUUAUAAACAAUUAAAUAUUAAAUAUAUGUCACUUUUAUUUUAUUCAAAUAUAAUACAUUUAUUUGUACAUAUGUAUCAACCACAAUUUUAUAAUUAUCACGUGUCUUUAUCAUUACGAUUAUUAAAACAAUUAUUUCAUGCAUUUAUAAAUUCCUUGGAUAAGUCUACAUAUAAUAUAAUUGUAUCAAAUUUUAAUGAAAUUACAAAGUAUAAAAUAUACAAUAAAAAUUCAAUAUAUGAAACAUCUCCAUUAACAAAGAAUGAUAUAAUAUAUAUAUAUAGGUCUAUGACCAUAUUUCAUUUUCUUAAUAUAUAUAAUUAUAUGACCUUCAAACAAUUAAGAAUUUUUUACAAUUUCUAUCAUAUCUUAAAGUUUAUCAUAUUUAAAGUGAACAAUUUUUCCAUAAGCGACUUUACGCAAACGCAUAAAGGAGUUUCUUUUGCACAUAAUUCAGUUUUAUACUUCUUAAAAUAUUUUCUUAAAAAUACAAACAAAUAUAAUAUUAUGUGUGAGCAAGUUGUUUUUCCAUUGUGUAUAAUCGAUAUAUUAAUUAAAAGGACAUGA